AUGUCCUUUGAUUUCUCAUGGCGCGACGAGUUUCUUGUCUGGAACCCAGGCGACUACAAUGGACAAACUGAGUUGCGCACUCUACGGCCAAACAUAUGGAAACCAAACCUGGUGGUGUUGGAAAACGUCAAUUCCAACUUUGCUGUCCAUGACAAUACAGAAAUCUCGAUAACCUCCAACGGCACAGUCAACUGGUACGCCCCCGUCAUUUACCAAACUGCUUGCAAGGUCAACGUUCGGCAGUUUCCUUUCGAUGUUCAACAUUGCAACUUGAGUUUCUUGUCUUGGACGUUCGACCAGUCACGUCUGGAACUGUGGUAUUUCGAUGACGAGGACGCUAAACAAGAAGUAUUCAGCGGAGACGGUGUGUGGCACCUGGUGGACGUCGCUGCAGAACGAAAGGACGUGUUUUGGGCUUGUUGCGAGCAGCCCUUCUCCAUUGUCGUCUACACGUUGACCUUCGAGAGGUCCUCUCUCUUCUACACCUUCAGCAUCCUCAUACCGUCAGUUCUCCUCACUACCAUCACUCUGGCCUUGUUCUGGAUGCCAGCUGAGUCAGGGGAGAAGAUCUCGCUGGGAAUGACCAAUCUUCUCGCUUUCGUUCUCUUCCAGCAGCUCAUAGCAGACAGCAUGCCGCCACUCGGUGAUCAAACCCCUAUAAUAACAAUCUAUCUCUUCUGCAUGGUGGUUGUUGGAUGUGCAUCCAUUUAUGUGGCUGUGUACGUCUUGAGGCUGUAUCACACACCCUCUGACAAACCUGUACCCCAAGGAGUCGUCAACGUCGUGAAAUGCCUCAGUCGUCAAAAGGCUCCAGUCACCUGGCAAGCGGUAUCUCGGAUAAUCGACAAGGGCAUGUUUGCCGUGUUUCUUGUGUCGUCUGUCGUGAUCAUGGUAACCUCGUUUAUUGCCGUCAAACAUGGUGCCUGAUGCCACUGGCCGGUUAAUAUCUUCAGAAUUACAUCACGCCAACCUUCUCGAUAAUACGUAUAUCAGUGCAGUGCGCAUAAGCAGUGUGUAACUCAUGCAAACUUUUGGGCACCACACCCUAAAAAUGAACCUGUGGGUAGUUUUAUAUGUGCCAGGUAUGUACAAUUUCGUAGCAACAUCAAUAGAGAUUCUUACACUGCACCUCUAGAACUGUUUCUUGUAUGAUUCUUCCCGAAAUUUUUGAAUGACGACUUACUUUGUAUCUUUUUGUUUGUUUUAGGUUUUGAAAGUAGCCGGGAAACGUUGUGCUACAAAAUUGCAGAAAAGCAAAAUGUUUAAAGUGUUGUUGAAACAUAGCUGAGAAAUUUUACACUUGGCCUAAUAAUUAAUUUUUUAUUGCCUUUCUAUAUGAGCCUCAAGCUCGACCAGGAGAGGGCGCAACUUUCUUUGAAACGGAUGCUCCGUCGGUUGGAACUGAACUUAACUGGUUCACGAACAAAACUAAUGAACACUCCACACCAAAUGGUUGUUUUCAGCCGAUGAGGGGGCGCUUCUGCUCGAGCGGUCAUGAGGAAGAAUAUAGUUGUGUAUUGUUUAUCGGAAAAAAGACAAGGCGGAAAGGUGGCAACACCGCCAUUCCCCACCGUACAAAGAGACACUUUUGUUGCGCUUUUUAAAUCAUGAUUUACCUUUAUUCCUGCAGUCACUGGAAUCUUUCGUAAACGCAGAUUGUUCGUUUAAGUUCAUUUCCUUAUGUAGUGGACGGGCCCCACGUCAGUUGGAAUUAGGAGGAAGAAGGUACGGUCCCCUAAUUAAAGCGUACGAACACUUGGGGAGCACGUGUACAAUAAAUGAUGUCUAACUCCAGAACUACAGUGUACUGCAUGUGAAAAAAAGUAGGUGUAUUGUAAUGGCUAAACGGCACCGUAAAUAAUAUAAUGAAUGUAAUGGUUGCAAGACUACCCCCCGGUACCACAUGGCAAACACAGCUAGCUGAACAAUACAGUACAGCAUGUUAUACAGUCACAAUACAGAACAAAGUAGGUUGACACGCCUUCUCCGAUAUUACUUAAUAGGAGUUUUUAGCACUGACACUCUCCCACAUUUAGGACGAAGCCAUGCUCCCUGCAAAUUAAUAGAAGCAAAAUGCAGAGUUCUACAUUCGAGACCCAAAAACCAAGAGACCAUCUUGAUAUUGCGUGCACAGGAAGCACCAGAAAGUAAAACCUUUAUGUUAAUUACCUCCGUGACGUGCAUACGGAUUAGGGUGCCCCUACUCAGGCACGGUUCCCUAUACUUGUAAAUUAAUGCUUAAAAUAUAUUGAUUUGUUUUUAGUCUAGCUUUUUACAAAUGAGUACAAUAUAAUAUACUCUCGUGCCUGUUCAUCUACAUACAAGACCACUGAUCUUCAUGUACAUGUAUUUUAAAUUUUCUAAAGUGAGAGGUCAAAUUUUGGAAGGUUUUCACUGUUUCAGGUCAGAUAAUUUUUCAGUUUCUGUAAACUAAUAUGCUAACAAAUAUUUCACCAAGGUCUUUUUUCGAGGUGAUUCUUUCGAAAAAAAAAUUACAAAUUCUAAAAUUGGUGCACGCUAUAAUUCCUGUUGUGGGAAAACAGGAUUUUGCCCUUUAAUGUAAAGCUAGUAUGUAUGUAACGUGUGCUCAGUGACUCAUGGAAAAGCCCCUUUAAAAUGAACGCCGCUGUAUCCGGGGAGAAAGUUCCUUACUCAUGUAAACAAAGGGUACAUCCGCCUACUAUAAGGUAGUGCCGCUCAUGACACUUCUCGGGAAUAACAGUAAAUAAAGUAUGAAAUGAAGACUUCCGGUCCAUGUAAACAGGGCUUACUUUUUGGGCUGUCUGGGAUAUUUUAAGGGGAUCAGUUGUUUACCUAUUUGUAAAUUGUAGAGACCACUUGCGGAUUAAUAGAAUAACUUUGUCUAAGUACAUAUUUGGCCGCCAGCAGAGUUCUCUCUCUCUCUGUCUACCACGCUGCAGAGGGAGAUCAAUGUGUGCGCUAUCCGCAUACUGACGAUACCCCUGAAUCGUGUUUUCUCGACGUUGGCUACCGGUUGUGUGACCUAAAGAGGCCCCGUUGCUCCGUGGAUCAUGGCAAUAUUUCGGCUACCGGGAAAGGUUGGAUGCAGCGACCGCACCUACCACUUACUGAUGAUAUUCCUCAUGUGCGGAUGGACGGUGACGGUGGUCUCUGGAAAAAACGAGAAGGAUCUCGUUACCGACCUUCUGGGUAGCUAUGGACCCAAUUCUGUCAGGCCUCUACAAAACGCCUCCAAGGCGAUUAGUGUCAGCCUCCGCCUGUUGGUAGCACUGAUCAUUGAGUUUGUAAGUCCAGCCUUGAAUGGCUGCAGAAGACG